AUGAAUAACUCCAUUCGGUUCUUCUUGCCUCCAAUGGCGUUCUGCUUAAAGCUCCUCAUCUUAGUUUCGCUGGCCUUGCCACUGCACGCGCAAUCAAUCCCGAAAUGUUCUAAACCUAUAGUCCGAAAGGAGUGGCGCACUCUCAGUGUCACGGAGAGACUGUCAUAUAUCUCGGCUGUGCAAUGCCUCCUCGAGAAACCAGCUAUCACUCCCAAGUCUGAUAUGCCGGGCGCGACGAACAGGUUCGAGGACUUUCUGGGAACGCACAUUACUCAGACGGAGGACGUUCAUUUUGCGGGCGUUUUUUAUCCGUGGCACCGCCUUCUUCUCCAUGCGUACGAGAGCGAGCUUCAAGCAUGCGGCUACAAGGGAGCCCAACCAUAUUGGGACUGGACUCUUGACACAAGCUCCCCAGAGGCCUUUUUCAACUCGCCCAUUUUCGAUGCCAAGACCGGUUUCGGCGGCAAUGGCGACUGGAUACCAGGAAACUCUACCCAUCCCAUGGACGGCAUGUUCGUCACUUCCGGUGGCAUCGAUAUCCCGGAUCGAACUGGAGGUGGCUGUGUCCCAAAUGGACCGUUCAAAGAUAUGGUGAUCCAUCUAGGUCCAAAUGACAGCGUUGCGUAUAACCCGCAUUGUGUCCGACGAGACUUUUCUCCUUCGUUCUUCAACUUGUCUUCAAUGGAUAAUGUGCAAGAUGGAAUGGCGGCCACUGAUUUUGGAACUUUCGGUCGCACGACGGAGCUCACUUUUCAUGGAGGUGGACAUCUGGGCGUCGGAGGCUUGUAUGGCACCAUCACCGACGCUUAUGCGAGCCCUGGUGAUCCGAUUUUUUACCUCCAUCAUGCCAAUAUGGAUCGGGCUUGGUGGUCUUGGCAAACAAGAGACUUGAAGAAGAGGUUGGAGGAUAUAUCAGGCCCGCUUGUGCGAUUCGACUACGACAAUAAGGUCGCGGGGAAUGCCACGCUCGACACUCUGAUACACGUUGGUGCGACAGUCAACAUCACUACCACGGUUAGAGACGUAAUGAACAUCAAAGGAGGUCGGCUCUGUUACACCUACGACAAGGUCUAUUAA